GAAGGUGAUCGAUCGAUUCCGCCGCUGAUCGGAGUUUUAACAGGAAGGACAGAAAUCAGAGGCAGAUAAGUAAAUAUCAGAUUAUAUCUGUCCACUUUCAGCGUAUAUUGGGGAUUUUAUUAUGAAAGGAAAAUAAGAAGAUGAUGGCGUAUGUGUGAAAUUACAUUCCUGACACGGCGAUUGACAUUCGUCCUCAAAAAUGUCAAAAUUCUUUCGGUUUCUCAGUCGGCGACGAACAGGGAGAGGGGUAAAAUCGGAUCACACAGACCACGGAGGGCACCCGGUGAGGAGGAAGAAUGUUGUUCAGUGCACGGUCAUGCUGCUGGAUGGCACUGACUUCACGACAGAGAUUCAUAAAAAGGCUGAGGGGCAUGAACUGUUUGAGCAAGUGUUCUACCACUUGGACCUGGUGGAGAAGGACUAUUUCGGACUCCAGUAUACAGACCACCACAAUGUCUCGCACUGGCUUGACCCAACAAAGAAGAUUAAGAAACAGGUGAAAAUUGGACCACCCUACACAUUUCGAUUUCGUGUGAAAUUCUACUCCUCUGAACCAAACAAUCUACACGAAGAGUUGACCAGGUACCAGUUCUUCCUACAAGUGAAGCACGACAUUUACUAUGGACGAUUACCUUGUUCACAGGACACACUGGUAGAACUGGCAGCGGAGGCCCUGCAGUCCGAACUUGGAGAUUUUGACCCUGAAGUUCACACACCAGGGUUCAUCUCAGAAUUCCGCUUUAUCCCAGAUCAAACAGAAGAGAUCGAGCUUGCCAUAUUUGAAGCCUUUAAAACAAUGACUGGCCAGACACCAGCUCAGGCGGAGAUGAAUUUCUUGAUGAAGGCCAAGUACCUCGAGAUGUAUGGUGUGGACAUGCACAUUGUUAUGGGGCGCGACCAGCUGGAAUACAGACUUGGACUGACCCCCACAGGAAUACUGGUGUUUGAGAGUCAACAGAAGAUUGGAUUGUUUUUCUGGCCCAAAAUGACAAAGUUGGAUUUCCAUGGCAAGAAACUUAAACUGGUGGUCAUUGAGGAUGAUGAUCAGGGCCGAGAACAAGAACAUACUUUUGUUUUCCGUCUGUUGAGCGAGAAAUCAGCAAAACAUUUGUGGAAGUGUGCUAUAGAGCACCAUGCAUUCUUCCGACUGAAGGGCCCUGUGAAAGGCCCGAAUGCACGACAGAACUUUUUCAGAAUGGGAUCUAGGUUUAGAUACAGUGGAAGGACAGAAUAUCAGACGUCCUCUGUGAGUCGUGCUCGUCGCAGCGUUCGGUUCGAAAGGCGAGCCAGUCAAAGGUACUCAAGACGUCCAACAUUUGAGAAGCGAGAACGGGAGGAGGCCAUGAAACGGGAGACAGAACGACGGAAACGACGCGAGGAGGAGAAGAAAGAGAGGCGAAAAGUUCAGGUGGAAACAAUUACAGCUCCUCCUAAGUCACCGACAAAGCCGGAGGCCACACCCGUAACUCCACCCCCGAAAUCUCCCAGGAUUAAUGGUGCAGUUUCUCCCUCUGUGUCCGGUGGCCAUUCAGCUAUGGAUCGAUUAGAUGCUCUCAUUAAAACAGAGAAUGAGAAGAAAGCGUCUGACACGGUGGAUGCACCUACGUCUCCUAAAGCAACGGGGUCCUCCAAAGCACGGGCGCCUCUCCCUCCUCCCCCUCCAGAACCAGAAAUCAGCCUCAGAGAGGCAUCUGAGAUUGCUCAGGCUAAACUUAAAGGUCUGGAUGAGUCAGCGCCCAAACACAACACUGCUCCUCCCCACCCUAAACACAACGUCAACAGCUUCCAAAACAAUCAGGUCAAGUUUGCGGGGGGAGCCACCAAGAUACCCCCAGACCAGAUGAAAUGUAACAUCUUCAAGGCCAAGCUGGAGGAGGAGCUGAAAAAAGCUCCGUCAAUGGUGAAUGAAGUCAAUGUAAAGGAUGAGAGUUUUCAGGAGAGUGACAGUAGAAGCACUGAAAAUAGCAGCGACGAAGAGAAUUCUGAUGAAGAAGGCGAUAAAAUCGAGGAAGAAAAGGCUCAGCUUAAAGUUGACCUCCCCUCAAUAGAUAUUGUUGAUGCACCCCACAGUCCAAGAAGAAGAGGACAUUUCUCUAAGACAAGUUCAUCUUCAAGUUACAAAGGGUAAGCCUUGUAAAUGUUAGAUACUAAACAAUAUGAGAAACUAGACAAUGAAGUGUUUGAUGCAAACACUGCCCCACCCAGGUUAAAAUCUCCCUCACAGAGUUCUGAAGGGUCCUCCUGUGCCUCACCAAUAGAGAACGACCAAUCCUCACCCAUAUCACAGCUCUCGGAAGCCUUGUCUCACCCACAGUCACCCAAAUCGCCCCCAGCAACUGCUUCUAAAAUUCCACGCUUCAACACUACAGCACCUGCCAGUCGCAUCACUCCUCCUAAGGUUGUCCCUCGAACAAUUCCCAACAUUGAAUCUGUUUCUGAUGUUGAUUCUGUGGUGAUUGAGAGGAAUAAUGAUGAAAUACAGGAGAGUUCGUCAAAUUGUAGUACGGCAGAGAGACCUAAACCAGCACCCAGACCCAAGAGCAGAAUCCCCAAUCCUUACACUACUAACUCCACCCGCGAUGAAACUAAGGUGGCCAGAUCCACCAAUCCAUUUUUAAAAUCACCAGAUAGAGAAAUUGCCCCAUCUAACAUCAAUCCAUUUGUGAAGCAAAAAUCAGUAGAAUCUGAAACACCUUUAUCCACAGCUCCACUUCCAAGUAAAGUGGAAAAUGUGGACAAAGAAUCGGAAGCAUCAGAAAAGAAUAGGGAGCCACAAGGAAAAGUGGUCAACUCUGAGGUAGCAAAGCCAUCCAGUAUCCCUCGCCUAGGCAGCAGUAUCCCCGCCCCCUCAAGCAGGAAGCCCCACACCCAGUCCACCUCAGCCCUCCAGGGAGGUGGAUCCAACAUUCCCUCCCCCACCUCCUCUGCUAUCCCUGUCCUUAAAUCCACCUCUGCCCUGCCAGUGUCCAGUGUAAUUACCACGACGUCUGGAAUCCCACUGCCCUCCAAAAAGGAACACCACCACCACCCCGCCACCUCUGUUGAUUCAGCUUUGGCUGGGACGAAAGGCCCUAAAGCAAAAUCUUCUUCAACUAGUCUGCCAGUUCCCAAGGCAACCAGCAGGGGUGCUCCCCGAAAUAAGUCUGACUCUACACAUACUAGGUCCACAGUGAAUGGAAGUGAUGAGCUGUCGCCGUGGCAUGUGGCUGCCCCAGAAAAGCCCCCCAGGGUGGAGAAAAAAAUCAGUAUAAUCACAGAUAUUUAACAUAGUCUGGCCAGUAUCAUUGCAGUGGAUCUUUUUUUUAUUUUACACCUGAUUGAUGCUUUUACAUGAUAAAAGGUGAGGGGAAAAGAUUCAGUCAGGUGUACAUGGGAUUUUCUUUUCCAAUCAUUCCCAACUCUAAAUUAGCAUUAAACAUGAACACUGAAUAGCAAAAUUUCAACUGUUCUAGUGAAUUUAUACAGCUGAAACCUUAGUGUAUAGACCAGAAGAUUUUUCCACCAAAGCCGACAUGAGCAAAACCUGCUUUAUUGCUGGACUUAUUUCAAAGAAUUUACAUAUUGUGACUUGUGCAUAAAAAUGUUUCAAAAUCUCUUCUUUUUUUUGUAUUGCUGAUGUGACUUGUGCAGGGCAUAUUGUCAUUGGAAUUUCCAGAAAGAUUUUCUUGAAAGAUUUUAUCGGCAUUGAUGUGAUUCAGCUUUAGUGUCAUUACUCUUUCUGUUUCAGCUUUUUAUUUUGGCUUUACAUAUUUGCUCUUCCUAUGAUAAGGUGCAUACAUGUGCCUGUAUUUUGUAAUACUUUGGAAAUGGCAUUUUGCACUUUGUGAAACUUGGCACUCUGAUGGAAAAAGGAGUUAAUGUGGCAUGAUUUCUGUAUCCUGGAUAUUUUACUUAAUCAGUUAUCGAAGAAAAAUUAAGGUGAUUUUCAUCAGAAAGGAAAUAUUACAUAAGGACAUAUGUAUACUGUGUUUUUAGCAUGCUUGAUUUGCAGUCAGAUAUUGUCCUUGUUGUCGUACGUCAGAGGUAAUAUAGAUACAGAACAGAGUUAGAAGUGCUUUUGUGAUAUUUUUGUAUCAAUAUUGUAUUCAGUCACUCGGUGUAAAUAGACCCAUUAUUUCAUAGGUUGUCUUGCUAAUAUUUACAAUUGUAUGGUUUCACUUUAUUUUAACACAAAUUUUCUUUUACAAAUAUUAAUUCACACUUUUAAAUGAUAACACAUUUGAUACUUAAAAAGCAUAUGCAAACACAUACAUGUGUAUGAUAUGAGAAAUUGACAUUUAAAUUAAGAUGUUUGAUAGCAAAAACUAUAUAUUUACAGCUUUUAUAAUUGUGCAUUAUUUCUUCUUUCUUUCCUUUUUCCAUCUUGAAAAGGUUGUUUUUACUGAAGUCAUUAUUUGAAUUUACUGUAUUGACCCCAGAGAACCAGGUUGUGUGUUUUUAAUGGAUUAUUUGAUUUACAAUAUGCACAAGGCUUUGUUGCAUUUUUCACCUAUUUGGUUGUACUGCCCCUGUCCUUUGAUUUUAUUGCAAUGUUCAGUAUACAAAGUUUUUACGUGAAACAAAAGAAGUUUCAUUCUUAUCAGAUUUUGGAUUAUUUUAUUACAAUAAAAAGUAUAUGUUUUUUGAUAGAGUUUUUAAAUAGCUAGUUUUGAUAAAUAUAAUACCUGUAAUUUUCUAGAUAUAUACAAAUUUUUAAAAUAUCAUUUGAAUGAAUAUUAAAGAAAUAUUAAUGUAAUGGUUUUCCAUUUUUUUGUUUUGUUUUAAUUGUUUUUAUUUGUGAAUCAACUCUUAUUAAACAGAUUACAGAAACUUUAAACCAUUCCAAUGUUAACAAAGAUUUUUUAAAAUCCAAAUCAUUCCAGAUGUUAGUGUUUUAAUCUCACCACUUUGUCUUUGUACCAUGUUGUGAGAAACUUGGUUGUAAUAUCGCCAUAUUUAGGUGAUAAACUCUAGUCAGUAGAUAUUGAAAGUCCAUUAUUAAUCGGAAACUUUUAAGAUAAUCGGAGCUUAGAAACAAAAUUUAACUAUUAUUUUAUGCAAAGCAGUAGCCUGAAACGUGUGUAAAGGAAAAGGUUGUUGUCAAGCGGUAACGUAUUCAUACGCAGUCUGCAGUUUGGUUAGGGGUUAAAAAAACCACAUCACUGAAGACUUGAGCUGAGACUUUGAGUAGACAAUAAUAAGAAAUUUUUGGUCCAUAUUGUCAAAAAAUCUGAACAAUGAUUUCGCAGACAUUGUAUUCAGUUCUUAUUUUUGUCUCUGUUUUGUCAAUCUCUGUCAGAAACCAUGUAUGUAAUCAAAAUUUGUACAUUCCAUGGUGGCUUGUACCUGCUUUAAAAGAAAAUCUUAAAAUAGGUAACGCCAUUAAACAAUGUAAUUUUUAUCCAUAUCUUGUGUUAUUCAUAUCUUGAUUCUCAAACCAACAUGUGCAAUAUAUGUACUGACAUUUGAUGUAUUAGUUUCUUUGUAAUUGAUAUUAAGAAUAUACAUGUUUCUCAUUUAGUGUAUUCAGCAACUUUGAAUGUUAUAUAUAUAUUUUUUGAAUAGGUACUAUUGUGGGUUAGGUACAUGCUGAAAGCCACCUAGAUCUUUAUUUCUUUGAACUUUUCUAUCUUUAUUUUUUUUUAUUAUUAUUAUUAAAUACAAAUUCUAAGAUUGGAAUGUCAUGGGUAUAAGAAUUAUCAAGUUUUUUUUAUCCAAUAAACAGCAAGAUGUGUAGAUAAUACCUAUCAUUUCCACGAGCACAUUAAAUCAUUUGGUUUCAAAUGCUCUCUUCUCUCAGUAGUAUAUAGUAAUAAAAUAUAUUGCCUCAUGUACACCCUGAUGUAGCAUCAUAAAUACCAUUUAUUACCAAACCUAAUUUGAUGUAAUAUUCAGUAACUAGCCUGUACUCGUUACCUAUCUGAUAGAUUAUUCAAUGCUAGUGUGUGUACAGUUUAGUAAGGUUCUUUUUAAUCCAUGGACUUAAAAAAGUUUUGGUGUAUUUGUUUACUGAUUUUCUGUCAAUAAGAUUGUUAAUAUUAUGUUAUUAAAUAUAUGUCACAGAUA